UCGCCUUGGCAACAGCGACUGUUCCGCGAAUAUAUUGAUUAAUCCCUCAAUUUCCAGCAACUUUCAACAGUCGCAAGGGAAAUACCAAGUCUGCAACAUGGAUAUGGACAUGAACAAUGAUUUGGAGAAGCGGAUUUCGGAUGCCUUCUGUGUGUUUGACCAUCACGGCGACAAGUUCAUAGAUGUACGCGAGGUGGGCACGGUCCUCCGGCUGCUGGGCUGUGUGCCCACCGAGGAGGAGGUCAAUGAGGUCAUCUCGGCCACCGAGUCGGAGGAGACCAGCGGUGAGGUGCAUUUGACCAAAUUUCUGCCACAUGUCUCGCAGUUGCUAAUGGAACGCAAAAUGGAGCCUGCACCGCCGGAGAAAAUCCUGCAGGCCUUCAAGAUCCUGGAUCCCGAGAACAAGGGCUAUCUCACCAAGGAGACCUUCGGCAAGCUGAUGAUGGAGGAGGGUGAACCGUUCACCCAAGAGGAAAUGGAUGAAAUGUGGCCGGUGGCCAUCGAUCCCAUUAGCGGUCACAUACCCUACGAGUUCUACUUGAAUCAGCUAAUGGUUUAUCUGUGAAUCCUUCUGAUGGCAAGAUUACUCUGGGAAAGUCUAUAUAAAUGCAAAUAAAACGCCGCCAACACUACAUUUGGC